AUGACAACUGCUUUUCUUCUUGUGUACCGUAAAAUCUUUUGUUCGUAUAUAUUUACUUAUGAAAAUAUUGAAAUUUUAACAGAGAAUUUUUUCAUUACAACAUCAUGCUAUUUUGGUGAAGAUCUUGUUAAUCUUGCUGAUGGCGGAUACCGAUGUAUUAAUAAAUUACAAGUAGAUGAUCGUAUAUGGUCACUUGACAAAGAUGGAAAAACAUUUGUCGAAGAUGAAAUGAUCUUAAUAAUGCAUGCAGAAUCGAAUAGUUCAAAUCUUUUCUAUGUUUUUACCACUAUUAAUAGUCAUUCUCUUAGUCUCUCCGGUAAUCGCAAUAUUGCCGUUUUUAACGUCAAAUUGAAUAAAACAAUUUAUAUACGUGCUUCAAAAGUAACUAUUGAACAUCAGCUUAUUAUGCCUUCUGGUAUAGUUGCAAUCCAAAUAAUAAGAAUAUUAAGUCGAAUGGGCUUCUAUUCAGCAUUGAUAGUCAUUGGUAAUUUACUAGUAAAUAAUAUUUUGACUUUAGUUAAUGUUGAUAGUUAUCGAGCAAUACCUGAAACUCUCCAUUAA